AUGCAUCAAUUCCAUCUACCCAACCCCGCCAUGGUUGUGUCUCACCAGCCAACUGAUGACAUCAAGCCGGAACUUACCAAUGUCAAACUGCCGCCCAUCCAUCAGGUCACACCAGAACCACGCUUCAGCUACAGUUCAAGCGUCACAAACUACGACUCCGACAUGUCAAGGCGACCUUCCAUCUCUUCAAUGACAUCAUCUGGAUUCCAUCCUUCUCGAUCUGCUUCUCCUGCCUUUUCUGUGUCUACUGUUGAGCCUGCGUAUGCAGGCUCCAGGUCCCUGGACCGGCUGCGGAUGCAAGCGGGUCACCUACAAGGCUUCCCCUACACCACACCGGCGCAUGAGUCCCGAGCCGCUUCACCACACGCUGGCGGCAAGGCCAGCAAGAAGAAGCGAGACGACCGCAAGCAAUACUCCAGGCGAGCGUCGGUUGGCAUCACUUCUUCCAAGGUCCAGAAGAGCGACAACGAAGCCGGCAACCGCUUCGACCAGGCCAUCGACCAAGCCAACAUCGUGCUUGCACUGAAGGAGGGCAACUCCACCAUCGCGACCACCGCGGCACCACGCAACGGCAGCAGCCAGUCAGGCUGGACCUCGCUCAAGACCAACAACGUCAACUGGGACGUCUUGAAAGACGCCGGAAUCCAACCCUCUCUCUGGAACAAGUCCUGUGUCAACGGCUCGGCCAUUCUGGUCAUCAGACACAGCAACGCCCAACUGGACGACUCCAUCACCUCCCUCACGCGCAUAUGCGAGCAAGGAGCGACCAUGACCAAAGAUCAGCUCCUGGAGCAACUGGCGCAGCACGCGCAGGCGCUGGAGGCAGCAAAGAACACACGUGGCGAGGCGGACUGGGUUCCCGCCUCGCAGCGCCAGCUCUCAUGA